UGGUUACAAAAUCUUUACUCUCAAAACUAGCCCUCACAAUCGGUUGACACGCUGGACUGGAAGCACUAUCGAGAAAGUGGGAAAGACACAGAAAGCUGAUUGACAAAAAACAUCAGCUUUUAUUGUGAUACCUGUGCUGAAGGAUGGCAUCAACAGCUUUCCAGAUCAUUGCAUUUGUUCUGACUUUUCUGGGCCUCAUGCUUUUACAUGCUGCCACUGUUUCCAAUUAUUGGAAAUAUUCUACCUCAGCAAAAAAUAUAAUUACUUCAAGUUGGAUUAGUGAAGGUCUCUGGAGGAGUUGUGUAGCUACAUCUUUUGGAUCCGUUCAGUGCAAGACAUUUUCCUCCCUGCUAAGUUUAGAAACUUAUCUCCAAGUAUGCCGAGCCCUGAUGAUCAUCUCCCUCAUCUCAGGCAUGUGUGGUAUUCUGUUGAGCUUGCUUGGUAUGAAGUGUACUCAACUUGGCUCUACUAGUGAAAAUACGAAGAUAAAGAUUUCCAUAACAGGUGGAGUGAUCUUCAUUUUGGGAGGUCUGUCAUCAAUGAUUGCUGUUUCGUGGUAUGCAGCACAGGUCACAACUCAGUUUUUUGAUUCACUUUAUGGUGGAAUCAAAUAUGAACUGGGAACUGCAUUGUUCGUAGGCUGGGCUGGUUCCCUGCUUUCUAUACUUGGUGGAAUCUUCCUGACAUGUUCAGGAUGCAAAGAAAAACACAGAAGCCAAAAAUAUGAUUAUGCUGUUGCCCAGCGGACCAACAAAUCUCGCAUUUACAUCAAAAAGUCGGAGAAGGUUGUGCCUGUCCAAGACUACGUUUAGUUGUAUUAAUAUUUUCCCUUUCCCAGCUCAUUAUGAACUCUCCCUUCAAAAUAUGUUUUAUUUUAGACAGACAUGUUUCAUUUUAGUACUGAAUACUAUGGUAUGUAUAUAAUUUCCUUCUGGGAAUAAUCAAAACCACGGUGUGGAUAUGUGUGAGGACCAGGCUUUAUAAAACAGAAAAGUCAUAAUUGUAUUCCCCAAGCCCGAGUAUCCUUCCUUUCUUUUUAUUUUUGAACUUGCUGAAUAUGACAUAUUUUCUUGCACUGGAAUGCUAUAAACAUCUGAUCAUUUUAGGAGUAAAAUUUUUUAGAACUUGCCACCAGAAUAUUUAGCAAACUGGAUAUUGAUGAGCAGUAUUUGAGGAAGGAAUAAAUUCUGAAUAGUACAAAUGGAUUCCUAUUCAAGCUAUUAUAAUGAUAGUUUUUAUGUGUUGCUUGGCAGUGUAGUCCUAUCCAGGUUAACUUGGAAGUACAGUAGGGUUUUGCUUAUUCAACAUAAACGAGCUAGCAGAACGUUGGAUAAGCGAAAAUGUUGGAUAAUAAGGAGGGAUUAAGGAUUAUGUUAUGAUUUUACAAAUUAAGCAGCAAAACAUGUUUUACAGCAUAUCAACAGAAAGAGCAGUUCAAUACACAGUAAUGUUAUGUAGUAAUUGCUGUAUUUACGAAUUUAGUACCAAAACAUCACAAUGUAUUGAAAACAUUGACUACAAAAACAUUGACUACCAAAAAAUUGACUACAAAUAAAGAUAUAAUUGCAUAAAAUGAACCUUCAGUAACAAUAUUGUUGGAAGUUAAAUCCAUAAAAAAAGAUCAGCCCUGUGAAGAUUUUUUUAAAAAAAAUCUGUGAUCCUACCUGCCUAGAGAAACAGCUGAGGAUCCGGGUGGGAAGCAGACUGCAUUGGAUAAUACAGAACGUUGGAUGAGUGAAGAUUGGAUAAGCAAGACUCUACUGUAGGUCCCAAUUAAAUGUGUAUAGGUUGACAGGCAUUGCACAUAGUCCUGUUGUAGCUUACUGUGAACAACCUUCCCAGUUUUACUAAGUACUCUUUUAAACAUCACAGAAGGAGGCCUCCAUGGGCCCCUUGCACAGUGCCUUUGGGAUAUAAGGUCAGUUGGAGGCUCCAUUAUGUAGCUCUGUCCCCCCCAACCACUGAUUAAUGAGAGGCACUACAGGCAAUGUCCAUCUACUUUUGCACAUUCAGAGAAGAAACUGCCAUCUGUGUCUUUCUCAGGAGGGAGCAAAGGCUGCAUUCUUCUCUCCAGAGCAGUGGCUCUCAACCCCCAGAUGUUUUGGGCUUCAACUCCCAGAAAUCCAAACAUCUGGUAAACUGGCUGAGAUUUAUGGGAGUUGUAGCCCAAACACCCGGGGACCUACAGGUUGAGAACCACUGCUUCAGAGAGUGCAAAGAUUGACCCAUGGCACCCUGGGCUUACUCCAUGACUACUCAGUGGCUGUGGGGGCUGAGAAGCACCUGAGAUCUCUCCACCUGCCUUGUGCAUCCUGGGAUGAAGGAGCAACCUGUGCCCUCCGUGAUCCUUCCAGAGUAGUGAGGCUGGCAAGUGUUUGUGUGGCAGCUGUUGAAUGUUGGCCUUAGAAUGUAUAAAUUGCGCCUUUCCAACACAUCUCUUUGUUCAUCUGCAUAUUGCAGGAAAGGUCUCCACUUUGCCUAAAGCCAGAGUUUAGGAACCCUGUAGCUUCUAGAAAUUGGCCAUGGUGGAUAGGGAAUUCUGUGAGUUGCAGUCUCCUAGAUUUAUUUUCCUGAAUAGUUUCUAAGGCUGCAUGUGGAGCCCAUGGCAGAUAAGAGAGCUGACUUUCUGUCCCUGCAACCACUGAUAGCUCUCAGCUUUAAAGCAUUGCACCACAGAAUCUUCAGUGGUCAGAAAUGUUCACAGACACUUGUGCAAGAAUCAUUGUUACAUGUUUAUAGCUGAUGCUUAUGAAAGUAAAUGAGAAGAGAAUACUA